AUGCAGGGCUUCAACCAGAGAGGUCCAGGCCCCGGCCGACCGCACCAGCCCGCCAGGAUGGCGUUCCCCGGCUUCGAGGCGGGUUCUCAGUUGACGACCGAUUUCGCCACCGAUUCCCCCUUCAUCCCGGCCCCGCCUUCUCACCUCCCCGACGGCUUGCUGAACGACUCUAUCUUUCCUGAGUGGGAGACCGGCGCCUCGCGGGGUCAGCUCGAUAACCCCGAUGAGAUGCAGCGACAGGAUCCACUGGCCGCCCAGAUCUGGCGGCUCUACACCAAAACCAAGUCCCAGUUGCCGAACCAGGAGCGCAUGGAGAAUCUCACGUGGCGGAUGAUGGCCAUGAGUUUGAAACGCAAGGAACGGGAGCAACAGGCUCGCUCGUCGCAGGCUCAGCUCAAUAGUAUCACCAGUCCUACCCCGAGCGGCAUGUCGCAGCUGCACCUGUCCGACCCCGUCUCGACCAGUCCCGCCUAUCCAGCAUCGUCGACCCUCGAUGCCACCUCGGACCCGAUGAAUUUGGAUGACUUCAUCGUGCCCUUCGACUCUCCCGCCGAUCCCCCUCUCCACCCACCGACCGACCGCAACUUCACUGCAACCCCGACGGCAUCAAUCCCCAUCAAAGUACGCAGAGACCAUCCGAUGGUCGAUUCCACCGCCGCCUCGUUCCCUAACCCACCUCAAGAUCAGCGCAAGAACAGUGAGUUUGGCUAUGUGCCUCGUCGGGUGCGGAAGACGAGCGUGGACGAGCGUCAGUUCUUCGCCGGACUGGCCGUGCCAACUCGCAAGCGCCCCGCCGAAUCGUCGCCGCAGGUUCCGCCCGUGUCGAAUGCCAUGCUGGCGCAGCAUUCCGAGCUGUCCGCGGGACUGCCUGAUUACUCGCUCGACCACCCUUCUUCCAGCUUUGCUUUGCCUGGCAAACCCGCAAUGGGUGGCCUGCGACGCCCGCAGCACCAUGGCCUUUCAUUCGGCCUGGACACCUUUGGGCUGGGAGAGGACUCGAACAUCCACUCGGCCGGUCCCUACCAGCAGCAUUUCACCUUCUCACCCUCGGAUUCUCCGAUGACGGCUGGCAAUUCGUUUUCCAACGUUUACGCUCAAACCCCUCUAGCCUCGUCUCUCAAUUCCACUGAGUUCUUCUCCCCGCCACCGUCGGGCUACCAGUCUGCCGUCUCGACCCCGCAGCCCAUCUAUGAAGGUGAACAGUCAAUGUUCUUCACCGAUGCACCCUCGGUGGAGUCCCAGACGCAGCGUCGCGUCCCAAACUACAUUACUCAGCGAUCCUCGAACCUGUCCGCAUCACUGCAACCGCGCUACAUGUUCAACCCCGCCAAUGGCGAUUCGCAGUCGGUGGGUGCUGUUAGCGGUCCCCCGACCACGACGCACAUGGGAUUUUCGGCUCCUCCGCAGCACAUCGACCCGUCUCAGAUGUUGGGGACUGGAGAAUUCUCUACGACCGCACCGUCAGGAAGCAUGUUCACUUUUGGUGAUGACUCCGAUAACGAGGAUGAUGACGUCAAUGCGUUUAGUGAGCGCGCUGGCAUUGCGAUGCCCCACGAUUUUGCGUCGAUGGAUGAGCAUGUCAGUGAAUUGAGUGCAGGGCUGCAGUGGGAUGGAGGCUUCCCGGGGUCUGUUCAGUCGAUGCCGGGAUUUCCGGCCCAGCACCGGAAGCAUGUCACGAUCGGGUCGACCGAUAUGAUGGAUGCUCCGCCCGAGUGGCAUCAGAGUGGUAGCCUCGGACGUACGCAUGGGUCUGCUGCUUCUGUGAGCGAGGUUCGCAACCGAGAGCAGGAUCCCCGUCGCCAAAAGAUUGCACGCACUACGUCUACCCCGAAUGCCCAGCAGCUGCUGCGCCAGAGCAUGAACAAUGGUCCCACCAGCGGCCCCCCGACAAACCACCCAUCUCCCAAUACUCCCCCCGAGUCGGGUCUCAGUAGUGCUGUUCCAUCGCGCCCAGCCAGUCCCGGUGGUUCCAAAAAUGGCGAUGCCAAUGCUGGGCCGACUACCUGCACCAAUUGCUUCACCCAGACUACUCCUCUCUGGCGCCGGAACCCCGAAGGCCAACCGCUGUGCAAUGCCUGUGGUUUGUUCUUGAAGCUGCACGGCGUGGUGCGGCCGUUGUCAUUGAAGACGGACGUCAUCAAGAAACGAAACCGGAACAGCGCAAACACCGUUGCCGUUGGAAGUUCGCGGUCUUCCAAGAAGUCUGCUCGCAAGAACUCUGCUGCGCAACCUUCUUCAACCGUGUCUAGCUCGCGGGCUCCCAGUGGCAACAACUCAGAGUCACCCCCUGCCUUUGCCGGCUCGGGCAUGAUGGGAAAACCCGGCGUGGUACCCAUUGCGGCCGCGCCCCCCAAGUCGACACCAAUGUCCGGGUUGGGCCAAGCCCGCAGCGCGGCACAGGCGGCUCUGAAGCGGCCGCGACGCCUCGAGAAGGCCCCGGGAAUGGAACAGGAUUCGGACGACAGCCCCAAGGCCAGUGCGCCCGCAAGCCGCUCCAAGGUCGUCCCGCUGGCGCCCGCGAUGGCACCCGCGCUGGCGCCCGCUGCGGCGAACCCUGCCAACCAUAGUAUUGCUGGCGGACAAGGAGCCAGUCAGGAGUGGGAAUGGCUGACGAUGAGUCUCUAG